CUGUGGUCUCUGUUAUGUUUAGGCGACCAGCUGAACAUGCUGUGUUGCGUGAUAUCAACUUUUUCUAAUGCCAAUGCCUGAUAAUCCGGUGUAACAAAAUGAUAUCUCGGGUAUCGAUCAGGACGUUGGUCAAAACGGCUACCUACAUUGCCAUCGGAGGAAUAACCGCUGCAAUGAUUAUGAAAUCCAAACUUGAAGACCGCGUUCGGAGUCAACCCUACUAUCGGGAUUCGCUGAAGUUACUGAGGGCCCAUCCGGGUGCCGUCCAGUUGCUGGGUGAACCUAUCAAGGCAAUGGGAUUCGACUUUGGUGAAGAGACAAAAAAGUUUGGUGAUGGGAAAAUCGAUGACUUUACACUGCCGGUCAAGGGAACCCAGCAACGCGGUAAGUAUCACUUCUGGGCCGAACAUAAGGACGACCAGUGGAACAUAACCCGAGCCGAGUUGGAGCUGGACGAAGAUAAAUCCCGCAGGCUAGUUAUCCGGAAACCCGAGUGAUGUUAGCGCGAGCGAGUGGUGGUAUUGGGUGGAUUACGUAGAAAUGCCCAGUACAUACUGUAAAUAGAGUCUGAUUAAACAAAUAUUAAACUGUA